GUUCUGAGGUCGGCGACAGCAACUAACCGGUGCAUGCACCGGGUCAGUGUUCCAGUAACCCCAAACAUACUUAAACCCUAGCUAGCCCCCUGCUCCCUCUCUUCUCAAAUUCAGCCGCUGCUCAGUUACCUGCUCUUCUCCCCUCCGAAGCUCUCCUCUAGCCCUCUCCGCCUUUGGUCGCAGCCAUGCCGAAGCACUACCGGCCGCCGGGGAAGAAGAAGGAAGGCAACGCUGCGAGGUACAUCACCAGGUCCCAAGCUGUCAAGCAGCUCCAAGUAAAUCUCCCAACUUUCAGGAGAUUAUGCAUUCUCAAAGGAGUGUUCCCCCGUGAACCUAAGAAGAAGGUGAAGGGAAAUCACCACACUUAUUAUCACUUGAAGGAUAUUGCAUUCCUUCAACAUGAUCCUCUUCUUGAGAAGUUCAGAGAAAUAAGAGCUUAUGAAAGGAAAAUUAAGAAAGCUGAGGCUAAGAAGAACAAGGAUCUUGCCCAUCGGCUCCUUACUCGAAAGCCUAAUUAUACGCUUGACAGGCUCAUUCGUGAGAGGUAUCCUAAGUUUGUUGAUGCACUGAGAGACUUGGAUGAUUGUCUCACCAUGGUUCACCUUUUUGCGGCAUUACCUGCCUUGGAGAGGGAAAAGAUUGAAGUGAAGCGUGUUCAUGACUGCCGAAGGUUGAGCCACGAGUGGCAGGCCUAUAUAUCUCGAACUCACAAGUUGCGUAAAGUCUUUGUUUCUGUGAAAGGCAUAUACUAUCAGGCUGAAGUGGAGGGUCAGAAAAUUACGUGGUUAACUCCCCAUGCACUCCAGCAAGUUCUGUCGGAAGAUAUUGACUUCCCAGUCAUGUUAACGUUCUUGGAGUUUUAUGAGACUCUCCUUGCCUUUGUCAAUUUUAAGCUUUAUAACUCCAUCAAUGUGAAGUAUCCACCCCUUCUUGAUCCUAAGUUGGAAGCUUUAGCAGCAGAUCUUUAUGCAUUGUCGAGAUACGUUCAGAUGAGUUCCCGAGCCCCAACUGUUGAAUCUGAUGCUGUUGGUCCGUCUGGGUCUGAACAACCUGAGGUUAAGCAAAAUGGGAAGGAGACCAAGGAAUCUGAUCUAAGGCUUGCGCAACUUCAACACCAGCUUCCUUACAAUGAACCUGGUGCUCUAAUGCACCUUGUUGAAGAGGCUGUUGAUGAAGAUGAGGAGGAUGAAGACACGAAAGAAUGCAAAAAGAUUUUUGCGAAUAUGAAAUUCUUCUUAAGUCGUGAGGUUCCCAGAGAAUCGCUACUUUUUGUCAUUCCUGCUUUUGGAGGUAUUGUUUCUUGGGAGGGAGAAGGGGCUCCCUUUGACGAAUCUGACCAGAGCAUCACUCAUCAGAUUGUUGAUAGGCCAACACAGGGCCACAUAUUUCUUUCUAGAGAGUAUGUUCAGCCUCAAUGGAUUUUUGAUUGUGUCAAUGCCCGAAUAAAAUUACCGACAAAUGGUUAUCUAGUAGGAAGGGUUCCUCCACCACACUUGUCUCCUUUUGUGGACAAUGAGGCUGAAGGUUAUGUUCCAGAUUAUGCAGAGACCAUCAAAAGGCUGCAGGCUGCUGCUAGAAAUGAGCUUCUUCCUAUGCCUGGGGUUGGCAAAGAAGACUUGGAAGAUCCUCAGCAUCUCGUCGCUGAAGGCAUCAUCGACCGCACGGAGGCUAACGAAGCUGCUCAGAAGAAGCGAAAGAUGUUGACUCUCGAGAAGCAGUAUCAUGAUGAACUGAAGAUGGAACUUGUGGGAGCCCAGUAUUCUGGAGCUGCUGCACAUCAAGAAAAGGAAACCGUUGCGGAGGAUGCAGAAGCAAGGGAUCAAUUAUCUGCACCUGAUGUCAAGCAGGUUGUAGAGGAUAUCGACACCUUAUCGAAGGUUGUCAUGUCACGUAAGAAGAGACGGCUAUACGAGGCCAUGAAGAUGGGGAAAGAGCGGAAGAAGGCUGGUGUCGACCUUCUCAAGGAAAGGAAGACGAAAAUUGAAGCAGGCGAGAAAUCCGGUAAAAAAUGAGGGCGCUUGAAGGAAUCUCUUGCACGAACUGCAUUGUUGACUUGUUGAUUCUUAUUGGUGGGAGCCUAAUGGGGUCACUGCCGUUAAGGCUGCUCUAGUUUCUGUAACAGAGGUCGAACAGAACUUCGCCAAUGGAAGUGUUAUUGGCUCAAAUUUUGUUCAAGUAUCGAUCUUAAUGACCAUCAUAAUUAUGUAAUGUUUGCAACUGCUGCUUCCUUUUUGGUUUGUUUUCCAAUUUUGUGGACCGUGCCUCAUGGAAGCUUGGAGUCAUAUGUGCGCCUGAGGUUCCUGUGACCCGCCAACGGGCUAAUUGUGGUCAUUUUUUUUUAUAGUUCAUCAUUGUUCCAAAGUCA